AUGCCAUAUUAUAUACAGAGACUUUAUAGGCUGUGCAAGGCUUCCUUUUCACCAGAUGGACCUGUCUCAGAAGAAGCUGUUGCAAAAGUUUGCGAGAAGUUAGGUAACAUGGUCACCGCCGACCUAGUUGUCUUCGCAACCACCACUGUUUUGAGGUUGGACUGUUGGGCACACCACCUUUCACCACAUGAUUUGUUUCAUGCACUCGUCAACUUCUUUGUUUUAGAGGUGAUUCGUUACUUUUAUGUCCUCAAGAAGGGUUUUUGGAUCAUUUGGCUCCUUUGGUAUUGUGUAUUUUCCCCAAUGGCAAAACCUGCAGCCCAACAAACUUUUGCUUCAAUUGCUCACUCUAGUAAUGCUAUAGUUUGCCUUUCUAAAUCAUCUUUUGUUGGAUCUUGGAUCCUGGGCUGUGAAAAAAUCAAGCCAUCAGAUGUAGGUCUUGAACAGGAGGCACAAGUGGUUCGUAAUUGGUCUGGUCAAAUGCCCGAAUGUAAUGGGAACCAUCAACAGUCACCACCGAUCAAAUAUCUACAUUUGUAUGAAGAUGACAGUUUCUCUAUAGGAAUUUUUUGUAUGCCCCCUUCAUCUGUUAUUCCUCUCCAUAAUCAUCCUGGAAUGACAGUCUUAAGCAAGCUCUUAUAUGGUUCGGUGCAUGUUCAAUCCUAUGAUUGGAUUGAUUUCCCUGGCCCAACUGAUUCAUCUGAAGCUAGAGCUGCAAAGCUUGUCAAAGAUACCGACAUGAAAGCACCAACUCCCACUACAGUUCUUUAUCCUACCGUUGGAGGAAACAUACAUACCUUUAAGGCAGUAACUCCCUGUGCAAUCUUUGAUGUAUUGUCUCCACCUUAUUCUUCAGAACAUGGGAGACACUGCACGUACUUCCGGAAAUCUCAGAGGAAAGACCUUCCAGGUAAUCUUCAGUUGAAUGGAGUUACAGUGUCUGAUGUUACCUGGUUGGAAGAAUUUCAACCUCCUGACGACUUUGUGAUGCGUAGAGGGAUCUACAAGGGUCCUGUCAUUAGAACUUGA